CGUCUCCAGAGUGAUACGUGUGCCGCAGUGACAUUGAUAUUCGUGCGAUCGUAACGACGCGUGCAGUCAACGCAUUACUCUCGUUGCUUCACUGACAGUUCCGCUUAAACAGAUAGCCGGUGUCGAAUUUUUUAAACUAUUUUUUUAACAUUAAAAGAAAUGGAUCGGAUUUACGUGUCUUUAAUUAAAGUGCUUGAACAGGUGCAACCCGCGAGCGGCAGAUAGUGUUGCGGUGAGACCGCCAGUGAACUCAGUGACUGUGUGAACGUUGACGCGGUUGAACGCCGCCGUAGGGAUUUGUAGCCAGUAGCCGCUCUGUGCGGCUGAGCAUGACGAUGGACCAGCAGACAGGCCUCAUGUCCCUCAACAUGUCCCCUUUUGAUUUGAGUCCCGGCCCGGAGGGUUCGGGCUCGGGCAGCGGGCCAUCGGGAGCCUCCCAACAAUAUGUGCCCCAAGGUGCAGCUUACCAGUGCACAUCAGAUCAUCAGCCCUUUGGCUACGCAAAUCUGGAUGCAUCAUAUCUCUUCCCAACAGGUACUGGUGGCGAGCCCGGUGGAUACCUACCUGCUGCCGGAACCGUUUGUGAUCAAACCGACACUAAGGAUGUAAUAGAAGAGUUAUGUCCUGUUUGCGGGGACAAAGUGAGCGGAUAUCACUAUGGGCUCCUCACUUGCGAGUCCUGCAAGGGAUUCUUCAAGAGGACCGUUCAGAACAAGAAAGUGUACACGUGCGUAGCAGAACGUGCUUGUCACAUUGACAAAACACAGAGGAAGCGGUGUCCCUUUUGCCGCUUUCAAAAGUGUCUGGAUGUUGGCAUGAAACUAGAAGCUGUUCGAGCUGACCGAAUGCGAGGGGGACGCAACAAAUUCGGACCCAUGUACAAACGGGACCGAGCCCGCAAAUUACAGAUGAUGAGGCAGAGACAAAUAGCGGUGCAGACCCUCCGCGGCUCCCUCGGGGACGGCGGGCUCGUGCUCGGCUUCAGCUCCCCCUACGCCUCUGUGCCCGUCAAACAGGAGAUACAGAUCCCCCAGGUGUCGUCACUGACAUCGUCGCCGGAGUCGUCGCCGGGGCCCGCGCUGCUGGCCGCCCAGCCGCAGCCGCAGCAGCCGCCGCCCCCGCCCGCGCACGACAAGUGGGAGACCCACUCCCCACACUCCGCGUCCCCCGACGCCUUCGCCUUCGACGCCCCCGCCACGGCCGCCGCCACGCCCUCCAGCACGGCCGAGCCCACCAGCACCGAAACCCUCCGAGUCUCGCCGAUGAUACGAGAAUUCGUGCAAACCAUCGACGACCGAGAGUGGCAAAACUCCCUAUUCGGACUCCUCCAGAGCCAAACCUACAACCAGUGUGAAGUCGAUCUCUUCGAGUUAAUGUGCAAAGUGCUAGACCAAAAUUUGUUUUCACAGGUCGAUUGGGCGCGAAACACAGUGUUCUUUAAGUACCUGAAGGUCGAUGAUCAAAUGAAGCUCCUGCAGAACUCGUGGUCGGAUAUGCUGGUGUUGGACCACCUCCACCAGCGAAUGCACAACGGCCUCCCGGACGAGACCACCCUUCACAACGGCCAGAAGUUCGACCUUCUCUGCCUAGGCCUGCUCGGCGUCUCCCUCCUCGCCGACCACUUCAACGAGCUCCAGAACAAACUCGCGGAGCUCAAGUUCGACGUCUCCGAUUACAUUUGCGUGAAAUUCCUCCUACUACUAAACCCCGACGUGCGAGGAAUCGUGAACGUGAAGUGCGUCCGCGACGGCUACGAGACGGUGCAGGCUGCGCUGCUGGACUACACGCUCACCUGCUAUCCUACCAUCCAGGAUAAGUUCGGGAAGCUGGUGAUGAUAGUGCCGGAGAUCCACGCGCUGGCGUCACGGGGUGAGGAACACCUCUACCAGCGGCACUGCGCGGGGCAGGCGCCGACGCAGACCCUGCUCAUGGAGAUGCUGCAUGCUAAACGCAAGCCCAAUGGCGCCGAAAUGGUAAACCGGAAUGCAGAGCACACAUCAACUCUAGACAGAUUGUGCGGUUUCCUGCCGAACGACACGAUUGAGCCGCAUUCGCCCAUCUAGAAUCCUGAAAUACCAGUGAAGAUAGCGAGUUAAUAGAAGAUGCGCCAAGCGCAGGAAGCACAUCGGAUUAGAAUAUUACAAAUCAUUAAUUAUUAUUUAGUUUUAGUUUUAACAUGGUGUGUGAUUAUACAUGAAAUAAGUUAUUGCGCCGCGCGCGCCUAGUCCCAAUACAGAUAAUUAUCUGCCUAAUCUCUUAAAACAUAAAAAAUAUUUAACACCUCCUCAAAUAGCUCUACGGUUAAUUUAUUGAGCAGUGUAUGUCGUUACAAGUUGUACCUAUCUUAUACAUGUACGGAUCCGAAGCGGGGCAGUAAAAUGUUACAGUACAUAUUUUAGGAAAGCGUCUGUGAUUUUAAACGAAGAAAUUUGAUGAUCAGUUUUAAUGUAAGUGGAGAUGAUCAUGUGUAUGUAUAUGUUAGUUUUAGAUGUAAGUGCGCGUAGUACCGAGUCGAGGCUCGCAUUGUUUCACUACUUGCAGUACACGGUUUAAUACUUUCGAGACUUAAGCACUUUACUUUAGAAGUAAGAGCUGUCUUCACUAUAGUAGGAGUCCGCGGCAGUUAGACGCGGCUGAACUUUAUUGGCUGGAAAUGUUAAGAUUUUAUUGAAAGUUGAUAUUUAAAAUUAAAAUUUCUCUAUAUAUGUAUCAUUAUAUGCUAAGUAAAAAUAUUCGUAAUGAAAUCGUGUUUAAAAUUUUACAGUUGUUCCAUAAAGAUGUUUAUCUGAAUGUUGUAAUUCUAUAUUAAUUUUAUCGGCCGUACCAGUACAAAUGGAUAGUGUUUGUAAAUAUUAUAAUAGCGUUUAACAGUGAUUUAUGCUACUUAUAUAUUGUAAUUAUGUAAAAAAUUAUCUCAAAUACGUGCAAAAGAGAGCCUUAAAAAUCAUAGAUUUUUAAAUAACCUUUGGGUACUAGCGUCUUUGGGUCUGUGACCGAAAAUGACAAUGUAUUUUUAUAAAUCAUAUUGUUCUUUAUUAACAUAUAAAAUAUGUUAUUAAAAGUACAUUAUUUCGUAUUUUUCUAACAUAAAAUUAUAGUAGCGUACGUACUCAAAACAUUACUAUCACCUUGUUGCGGAGUCGCUUAAACUUAUAUUUAAUAAAAUAGUGUUAUAUUAUCAUUGUGUGAUACCUGCCUACAAAUGCGUUACAAAUUUGAUUUGGGAACGUUUUAUUUUUGUAAUUUUUUGGUCGCCGGUUGUAUGGCAUACGGGUGUGGCCGAGAGGCACGGGGUUCGCACUCCCACGCCGCUCGACCGACACCCCUUUUACCGCAUAUAUUGACAUCAUUAUAUAAUCAUUAAUAAAAUAUAAUAUAUAAAUAAUAUGUGAUUGACAGUUUGUAUUAAUUAUGAAUGUUUAUAAUUUAAUUAUAUAGCCCCUCGCACCAAGUGCAUAUGUACAGUAGAACGCAUCAACGACUAAAUGUACAUAUAAUUAUAGAUGUUGUAUUUUCAAACGUUCGGUUUUACCCAAGGUAAAUGUUAUUUUGGAGUACGACGGCACCACCUUUUGUCUUUUAUACCGUCCAGUGAGAACUAAUUUUAUCGACAAUCGUUUACGAGACCCAGUCUAUUCGAUCGCGUAAAGAAGCUAUUGCACGUUACGAGUCCAACACGGUAGCGGCAAAACCACGGGAAACAGUACCUGGCGUAGUAUUAAAAUUAUAUAAAAUAUAUAGACGAAGUUCCGCGAAUAGUUGCGGCGGUUAUAAUGUCGGUGUUAAAGUUACAAACUACAAAAUCGACGUUAGUGCUCGUGUUAGCCGCAUAGAACAACGUUCAAGUAGUCCUCGCUGUUUUAAUAUUAAAUACCUAAUCGAUUUGUAUUUCUUUACGUAGACUGUAAACUUUGGUUGGUCUAUGAAUUGGUAGUGUGUAAUUUUAAAUUUCGUUUGUAUUAAAGUUUAUAAAAUGUGACAUGGCACAGAUAUGGAGCUGUUUAACCACACGCUCGUUAAAAUUAAAAAAAACGUCAGCGGUUAGUCUCAUUAAUUUUUGUCAUCCUUCUCUUUUCGACGAACGUCAAUAAGUGCGACAAAAGAUUUGAAAAUAUAAUUAUAUUUACACCGUGGGUUCCUUUUGGCACUUCGAAACAGUUUGUGAUGAAUUGAAUUAAGAAAACUCGUUGUCCACUUCAGCUUUAAGUAUUUAGUGCUUCAUCUUAUUUAAAUUCUGUAAUAUAGCUCGUUGGAGCGUCGUGCUAGGUAGUAGCCCGCCUUCGGCUUACGAUUAAUUUAGGGUUCCGCCCCCCGCCUGCCGCGCACCCCCAGAAUUACCAUCCCAUGUUACCAUUAUAUUAUACAGUAUUUAUAUAUUUGUACACAUUUUGUUAAUCGAUUUCGUAACAGUAUUAUUUUUUACCACUUUUCGCGCGGGGGGAGCGGCGCCGGCGGAGGGCGCCACACGAAGGCCACAUUAGCAUAGUAAAUUAACGAAUACGAAUGAUUCGAGUGGUUGUAUGCAAUUUUUAUAAAAUAUUUUCUUUAUCGAUCCGUCGGUACGAAAGUCGUUUUCACAAUCAUCAGUUAUAUUUAUUGCUAUUCUACUAACCCAAUAACGGCAGGAGAGUUAGUCGUGUGCCAUUAGUUAAGUGUUUGUACAGGGUUCGUAGGUGGCGGCACAGGCGCGGAACUUCACUCGCAUACUCGACAUCCGCUCGUUCAAAAUAAGACAAUAACGGCUAGUAAAGGUGCCCCUCCACGCGAUAUCUCGUCGCUCCGACCCUACCGUUCGCUCGGUUCAAUCGAUAGCUAUAUCCAUGCUUAUUAUACCUACUAUCUACUAGUAAGUCUAGGUUGUAAUAUACGUCGUAUGUUUUACGUUAGCGUCGGUGUAAGUAAUAUCUAUAUUUAUGAAUUACGAUAAGUAUUUUUAGAUGUUACACGAAAAUCUGUGUUCUUUGUAAGUGUAAAUUUUCAGUUCAUUAGAUCGUAUAAGCGACGGGGGCCGUCGGCGCAUCCGCCGUGACCGCCCGCGCCGCGUCCACAUCGACGUUACAAACUAUCACAGUACAUAUUACACUCGUGCAAUAUUUUGUAUUCAUUUUGAUCUGUAUUUAAGUGGAAUUGCAAUACGUCGUUACGUAAUAGCAGGGGCGAUACGUCGAUGUGGGGUCGGCGCGGACGCCCUAGUAGUGACGCAGCCCGCCCGCUCUUGGCUUCUGUUACUUCGCUCAGAUUCGUUCCCACGAUGCGCUCGCAUCUCCGCUCGCUCGUACGCGCCGGUCGGCCGGGUCGGAUCUCGAGCGGCCGGGCCGGGGGUCGCGACCCGGGUCGCGUCACACACAUUCCAAACUAACAGUGAUCGUGCGCUCGGUGACGCACGGUGACACGCGCUAUCGGCGACAAACGCGUUACACUAUGUAAGUUAACCACUUUGUUGUUCAUUAACGAUAAGUUAGAUUUUAAUCUCAGUCGAUGUUGUUUAUUUUAGUCUGUGUAUAGUAUUCUAUGGUUUUAAGUUUUGUGAGAACGUGAAUUUGAGCGAAUCUGCGGGCGCGAAGCCUGCGAAGGGUUCGCGUUAGUUGUAAAUUUUAAGUACCUAAGCGAUUAUUUCUGUUGCACCUAACUUUAAUUCGCGAGCCGUGUUAGUUAUAUUUUAUUAAUUGUACAUAUAGAUAGGGCGAGGUGAACAGUUUCGUUCGACCGGAACGGUCACCGUUGAAUCUACUCGGACGGGGCUGGCGAACUACCGAUGCGAUGUUGCAUUUGCUGUUGAUGAAUUUAAUAAAUCUAUCUGAUACCAUAGAUAUACGGCUAUUUAUGUGUUAAUGUUAGGGAGGGGGUGAGUCGUGUCGGGCGGGGGCCCCGCGGGGUUCGACGAUCGAAUAGCCGGGUUCCGACGCGGAGCUCCCGCUACACCCGGCCGCCGCUCGAGCUCUCGACCCGUUUUAUUGUUACUAAUAUUAAUAAUUAAUUAAUCGCAUUAUUUCAGCCGCUGAAGUGUUCCUACAUUAACUGAAGCUCCCUCGCACAUCACAUGAAGCAUCACUCGUUACGAUUAACGUGACCGCCUCGCCGUCAGUUCAGUUAAUGCAGGAGCACCUGUAAUGACCUACUGCAUAAUAUUAUGUGUCGUUACCUCACACUUCUGUUUCAUAUUUUUACUGGUUUAUUUAUAAAGGUCACGAAUUGUAAGUCAUGUUAGACCGCUACUUAGUACACGCGUGGCGGCGCGGUGUAUAUCGAGCCGGCGGCCUGUGUGCUCCGUCGCCCGUUAAUGUAGAAAUAAAUAAUAUUUUCGUUUA